UUUUCUUUUUUUUCUUUUGCUUUCUUUUUCUCUUCUUUUUUUGUUUAUUUGGUUUUUUGCAUGAAAAAAAAAAAUUAGAAUAAAUAUAUUUAAUUUAGACGAAUGCAUUAUUUUAAUACAUGAUGACUGAAAGAGAUAAUCAAGAGCCAUCAACGAGAUAUCAUUAUACGCAACAACAAGAAACAAGUACCAAUGAUGGUACAACAGUACGAACACAAGCUGCUUUUGUGAAUAAACUAUACAAAAUGUUGGAAGAUACUUCAAUACAAAACCUGAUUUCAUGGUCAGAAAGAGGCGAUCUAUUUAGUGUAUCGAAUCCUACAGCAUUCUCAAAGUCCGUCUUGCCUCAAUAUUUCAAACACAACAAUUGGCAAAGCUUUGUUCGUCAACUGAACAUGUAUGGUUUUCAUAAAGUGAAUGAUAUGAUACAUUCCAACUUGACUUCAGACAACCAAACUUGGGAGUUUAAGCAUCCUCAUUUUAAAAAAGGAGAAAUUGAGGACUUGCAGAACAUCAAACGAAAGAGUACGAAACCUAGUGUGUCUAAUUUACCAGCUCGAACGCCGAAUCAUGUACGAUUACAAGCAGAGAAUGAUGAAGAUAUUUAUGGACCAAUGUAUAAGCACAUUCUACAUAUUGAAGAGCGAUUACAUCAUGUCUCAAGGUCCUAUGAAAUCCUAAAGAAUGAAACCAAUUCACUCAAGGGACUCUUGUCGAAACAACAAGAAACGAUUAGUGAAUUUGCAGGCGUAUUGGGUGAUGUGUUGAGUGAUGAAGCUAAUUUAAGUAUGAAUGAAGUAAAAAGAGAAUCCAUAUUAAGCAAAUUAAGUGAAUUACAAGCAUUAUUUAUGAACGACAAUGCCAGUCAAACAUCUUCAACCAAUUCAACUCAAUCCUUACAACAACCUUAUAUGAUGUCAAGUGAACAACAACAACAACAACAACAAACACAACAAGAACAACAACAAACACAGACACAAACAUCAAAAUAUUAUCCAUCUGACAUUUUACCUCCACCAAAUUACUCACAACAAAGAUUUGAUCCUUUUAUACACACCCAUUCUUCUUAUUCUCCUCAAUCUACUUCUUCACCUAAUACAGUAUCGAAAAAUAAACGACUAGGAUUUGGUAAAGAAUCUCAUUUACUUAAUCCUGAACCUCAUCUUGCAUACCCUUCUUCAAGAGACACUAAAUCAUCAUUAGCAGGUAAAUAAAUCUAAAAUUGAAGAAAUUUAAACUUUAAACUUUUUUAGAUCCUGAAGAGGCUUAUAUCAAAAGACAAAGAACAAACUAAUUCCUUUUGAGAAAAUUAUUAAUUCAUUAAUUAUAUAUAUAUGCUCCCCC